GAGGAGCUCGCCGCCCCUUUCGAACUCGGUUUUUAGAGGCACCGCGAUCGUUCCCUUUCAAAUCCCUUCGAAAACAGUUCCCAGGACCUUCUCACUGUCUCCAAGCCGCAGCGAAAUGGCCAGCGAAAACGUUCUGAUCUUCGAUUCCGUCUUCAAAGGCAACGGCUUCGCUUAUUCAGGGAGAUUAAAAUCCCGGCGGACCAAGUGGAAUGUCCGUGCUUCCGAAAUGUCUAAGCGAACCUUCAAUCCAAUCAGGGCGAUCGUGGACAACAUGCGGAUCGAGCCGAACCCGGACAAAGCCAUGAUCACCUUGUCUAUCGGUGAUCCCACAGUUUUCGGAAACCUUCCAACUGAUGACAAGGUUUUACAAGCCAUGAAAGAUGCUGUGGAUUCAGGCAGAUUCAACGGCUAUGCAUCAUCCAUAGGCUAUCAGAGCAGCAGAGAUGCAGUGGCUAAUUUUUACAGCUGUCCUGAAUCACCUGUCGAGGCAAAGGACGUGAUUUUGACAAGUGGCUGCAGUCAAGCUAUUGAAUUGGCCAUCUCUGUUCUGGCAAAUCCAGGCCAAAACAUCCUGAUUCCCAGGCCUGGCUUCUCUCUCUAUAAAACACUGGCAGCGUCCCUAGGCAUUGAAAUCAAACACUACAACUUACUGCCAGAGAGAUCGUGGGAAAUUGACCUGAAACAAAUGGAAGCAUUGAUAGAUGAUAAAACUGCCUGCAUCAUUGUGAACAAUCCCUCCAAUCCCUGUGGCUCUGUGUUCAGUAAAUCCCAUCUCCAAAAGAUUCUCGCUGUUGCAGCAAGAAACUACCUUCCAAUCCUGGCUGAUGAAAUCUAUGGAGAUAUGGUUUUCCCUGAGUGCAAGUUCAUUGCCCUUAGCUCGUUGAGCAACGAUGUCCCAAUCCUGUCCUGUGGUGGUCUAGCCAAACGAUGGCUUGUACCAGGCUGGCGAAUGGGCUGGAUUCUCAUACACGACCGAAGCAAUAUCUUUAACAGAGAGAUUCGUGCUGGCUUAAUCUCUUUGAGUCAAAGAAUUCUUGGCCCUUGCACAAUUGUACAAGGAGCACUGGGAGAUAUCUUGAACAAAACACCUGCAGAAUUUUAUGAUGGAACCAUCAGCCUCCUGAAGUCCAAUGCUGACCUGUGUUUUGACACUCUCUCAAUGGUUCCUGGAUUACUGCCUAUCAAACCAUGUGGAGCCAUGUACCUGAUGGUUGGAAUCAAUAUGGAUGAUUUUCCAGAAUUUGAGAGUGACAUUGACUUCACUGAAAGGUUGAUCACGGAACAGUCAGUCUUCUGUCUUCCUGCAACGUGCUUCGAGUAUACAAACUUCUUCCGAGUGGUGUUAACUGUUCCAGAAGACCUAAUGCUUGAGGCUUGUCACCGCAUUCGUGAAUUCUGUGAGGAACAUUUUCAGCCUCAAGACAAUUGCACCACAGCUGAUAUCGAAUGUGACAAAUGAGCAGGGGUCGGCCAACUUGCUGGACAUCUGUUGUAACAACAACUGUAUUUCAGUCUGAAUUAUUUAACACAAGUUUAAUAUAAUUUAAAAGUAUGUACAAAGUUUAUUAUUUACGUGAAAUGAUUCACAUAAAAGUUAAUUUGGCUCAUUCUAGUGAAGUGUUGGGUGUGAACUGGUGAAUUUUGAUUUACUAAAGAUUAGUUGCAUCCUCUUUGUACUGUCUAGAGAAGUUCCCAUUAUCUGGAUGUAGGUCGGAAUUCAUUGUUGACAGUUAAUAACACAUCACACAAUCACUUUGGUGGUGAAUAACUUUUUGUUCAAGGAUAUUUUGCUAAUUUCUGUCCAUAUUACAGUCCAGCUUACAGACCAGCACAGAAUCAGUGUGACACUUGCAAGUGAGCAGUAUAUAAAUAGGUUGGCUGAAUCAGUCGCCUCUUCUUCAGUACCACCAGUGCCCCUGAUAAAAGUUGUGCUAUUUAGCCCUCAGUGGGAUUGAUGUUACACUGCUAAUCAGUUUAGAAAUACUGACAACAGAAACAGUUUUUCUUUAUUCAUUCAUAGGGGAAAAGGCAUCACAGGCUUGGCCAGAAUUAGAACAUAGAAUAUAGAAAAUAGAACGUAGAACAUUACAGCGCAGUACAGGCCCUUCGGCCCUCGAUGUUGCGCCAACCUGUGAAACCAAUCUGAAGCCCAUCUAACCUACACUAUUCCAUUAUCGUCCAUAUGUUUAUCCAAUGGCCAUUUAAAUGCCCUUAAAGUUGGUGAGUCUACUAUUGUUGCAGGCAGGGCAUAACCCUAAUAUCCUAGAGAGCAGUUAGGAGUCAACCGCAUUGCUGUGCAUCUGGAGACACAUGUAGGCCAGACCAAGUAAGGAUGGCAGUUUCCUUCCCUAAAGGACAUUAGUGAACCAGAUGGGCUUUUCCUUGACAAUUGAUAGUGGAUUCAUGGUCAUCAUUAGACUCUUAAUUCCAAAUUCUUUCCUAUUGAAUUCAAAUUCCACUAUCUGUUAUGGCGGGAUUCAAACCUGGGUUCCCAGAACACUAUCUGGGUUGCUGGAUUAACAGUACAGCUAUACCUCUAGGCCAAAGCCUUCCCCUUUGAGAAUACUGGAAGAUGCCACAAGAUUUUGUCACCAGAAGGAUAACGUAGAAAAUGAAAGAUUUCAGCUCAAUUUCUGAUUUCAAAGCUUUGACAAAAGUAAUGUUUUUCUAGUGAAACCUCAGGGCAAUAAAGUAAGCGCACAUGGAAUGCAAACUUGCACUAGCUUUUGUGCGAAAUAGCUUACCUCUAAUUUUAAGGUUAUUGCUGCUUGCUCUAGACCAUCUCACCAGAGGAAAUAGUUUUGAUCUACCUGGAGAAGCCCUUGGGUCAAUUUGAUGAAUCAACAUUCCACUCCCUCACAUGCAUCCAGAACAGCAUGUAGGAACAACAGAUUGGAUCAACCAGAGUUGCUUAUACCAGUGGCAUCCCUUUGUAUUCCAGCCUCUUGACAUAAAGGCCAUUAUUCCUUCAAAUAAUUUUUAGUACCUGCCCACCAGCUUAGUGAUUUCAACACUUAGAUCCCUAAAUCUUUCUUCUUAUCCACUGUUCUUCGCUUAUCAUUUCGAACAUAUUAUGAUCUGAGUUUCUCUAUGGAUGAACAGUAAAUUGCAUUUGCCACAUUUCUUCCCACUAAUUGAGUUGAACAAUACUCCUUUAAAACUUAGAUAACAAGGUGUGGAGCUGGAUGAACACAG